GACGUCAUCGUGGCUCCCUUCUAGGCUGUGGGAGGACGCGGAGGGCGCCUCAUUGGUAGUCGGCCAUGGCUACAGUUCGUAAAGCGGUGGCCGCGGUCGCAGUGCUGGGCGCGGGCGCUGGCGUGGGCUCCAUUCUGUUUGCUCUUGUGGUCCCGGGAGAAGCACAGAAGCAGGCAAUGCUGCAGGAGAUGCCGGAACGGGACCCGCGGCGCAGGGACGAAGCUGUUAGGAUCAACGAGCUCGUGAUGGCUACCCUGAAGAAAGCGGCGGCCACGGAGGAGAACGUGACCUGGAGGAAGAACUGGCUGUCAGCAGUUAACGGAGGCGGCAGGUCAGCGUGACAGCAGGGCUCGCCGGUGGCCGCCGGAUUCAGGAUAACACACGGCUCCACCAAGGCGCAGGGAGCUGCGCUGCGGUCGGUGAACGCGUUUAACGUGCACAUCGCGUGACGGGGCCGAGACGGUCGCAUGUGUGGAACCAAAGGAACUAAUAAAUCCAGUCCUUACGUUAAGUAGACUCGCAGCCGGAUAUCUAAGGCCUAGAGGGUUGUGAGUGGCGGCACGGUGGGCGCGGAAGACAGGGGUAGCCGACUGCCACUCCCCUUGGAGAGUCCUAAGUCCAAUAGGUUUUCUGACGAUUCUGAACAGGUCACAUGAUCUAAGUUUGUUUCUGCAACUGGCGGUAAAGACUUCCUAAAGUC